UACGGUACGACAUCGAAAGCGACGCAUCCUACGAUAUACAGCAGGCAAGAGGAAGCCAUUCCCUUCUCACAUGUGCCAAGAGCGAACUACUCAGUCAUCUAGAAAAGGGCAACCCUCGGAACUUCUGGAUACCAUUGGAGUUCAGGAACUGCAUUUUGUAUACAUACAACACUGGUAAUCCCUUUGAGAAAUGCGAGCAAAGAUUGAAGACGGCGUCGUAUAUUCACCGUUUCCCACGGUCAAUACACCAUGCUGUUCAUUUUACGUUGCUGCAAGAAAGGCGCUCCUGGAUCAUCCAGACAAGCUGGCGUUAGCGGACGGAUCCGUCGCCGUGACCCGAAGCGAGCUCUUCUUGCUGAUGCGACGCUAUGCAGCGGGCUUCCAGAUGCAUGGAGUACAGCCUGGAGACAGAAUCUGCGUGCACCUCGGAAACAGUGUGGAUAACUUUGCGGCCAUGUGGGGCUGCGUCUUCGCCGGUGCAAGUGUCAUGCUUGCGAAAACAUCCCUCACCGCACGGGAACUGCACUACCAACUGACAGACAGCGACAGCACUCAUAUUCUCACGGAAGACGCUUUGACUGAAAAAGCACUGAAGGCGGCAUCUUCACUAAAGCUCAAGGGAUUCUUUACCAUGGGCGUCGCGGAAGGGUUUGUCUCAACGGCCCCAUUUCGCGACUUCGAGGAGGGUUCGUUUCGUGAGGUUCCCGUCGAAGAUCCAAGGAACUGCGUGCUCAGCAUUUGCUACACGUCUGGCACGACAGGUCUGCCCAAAGGCGUGGUCACCACACACUAUGGCUUCGUCGCAAAUAUGGCGACUGCAGGGCCCUGCUUUUCCUGGGACGCCAACGACGUGGUGCUCAUUGCGGCCCCUAUUACACACGGCUCCGGUUUCGUAUGCAUCACUUUCGGAGUGCUACUGGGCGCCACCGUCGUUAUGGCAACACCAGGCGCCAAUUUGACGGAAAUCAGCCAGCUGAUCACCCAGUACAAGGUGACCGCCAUUACUGUUCUACCGGCACACCUACGGGCUGUUUUAGCCGAGAUGAAGAGCACAGGAAACCCGCUCAGAGGCGUCCGCCGCAUCGGCAUCGGAGGCAGCACUUUUCCGGAAGCCCUUUACAAGGAAGUGCAAUCCGCGUUUGGUGACUUCGAAUGUCUAGUCAACACAUACGCUCUGACUGAGUCUAUGGGGAUCCUGUGCUCACCAUCCAUUCAUGCGGUCACUGGCAUGGACGUUGGAUUCCCUGCUCCAUCAUCGAAAAUUAAGGUUGUCGACAUACUGACGCGAAAGAAGCUUGGAGCGAACCAGGUUGGAGAAAUUUGCUUUCGCAUUCCGACGCUACUCAAGGAAUACUACAAGAAGCCAAAAGAGACGGCCGAUCUCUUCGAUCAGGAAGGCUGGUGCAAGUCAGGAGACGCCGGCUACUACGAUGAAAAUGGCAGGGUGUACAUUGUACAGCGUCUAAAGGAAAUGAUCAAGUGCAUGGACAAUCAGGUGGUGCCAGGCGAACUCGAGGAGCUCCUCUUCGAAGAGCACUUGGAAUGCAUCUCCGAGGUUGUGGUAGUAGGACUGCCACAUCCAAAGUACGGGCAGGCACCGGCUGCGGUAGUAGUGCUCAAGCAGCCAAGUAUCGGUGAACAUCAGGCUCACGACAUUGCCCAGAAAAUCAAAGCAACGAUUUCAGAUAACUUGGCUGUGCACAAGCGCCUUUACGGAGGCGUGUUCUUCGUGGACACACUACCAAAGACUGAAACCGGAAAAGUCAACCGAAGUUGCCUGGUCGAAGAGUGCCUACGUAGAACGGCGCUUUGAAGUUAUUGUCACGUAAGCCUGAGGAGGCGCAAUAAAGGUCGACGACGCUCGUUUUGACAAAUUUA